AUGCGCACCUCUGCCACCCUCCUGGUUGGCCUUUCGAGCUGCAUCGCCAGCACGGCUGCCUUUCCUCGGAUCCGCAUAUACAACUCGGCUCGCGACGCCGCCAUCGCCGACUACGCUAAAGUUAACCAAAAAGUGCCCACGUACUCGGUCGUUCCCUUGGAACCCGGCCCUGCCACGCAGUCGGGCGCCAACCCCGGCGGUGAUGCUGGCGGCAGCACCAGCGGCGCGAGCAAUCCGACCUCAACCGGCCGCGGCGGCUAUCCCUCGUCGCAGAGCGCUGCGACUGUGACGGUGACGGUGACGGACACUGUGACGCAGGCGCAAGAUGCCGUCACCCAAUAUGUGACGGUGACGGCGGAGGUGCAGACGGUGACGUUGCCGGCUGUUGUUGUCACGAGCACUUUAAACGAUACCAAGACUGUGACUGUUCCGACGACGGUUAUUGAAGCUACGACUAUCGUGUCUACCACCAUUAUCGAGCCCAUUACUGUUACUGUCUCGGGCUCGUCCACAACGCUGCAGACUAGCACCGAGACUAGCAGCUCAUCGACCACUCCCGGGACGACGUCCACGAGCGAGAAGGCCUAUUCUACAGAAUCAAGCUCUGUUCCGACAACAUCGGAGUCCACCACCGAGGCCAAAAUCCCCUCGACAUUCUCUUCCCAAGCCAUCGACACACCAACUACUCCCACAGCAGCGUCCGCCAUGAUGGAACUGGGCUUCAUCGGCCAGGAGCUCCACGCAUCAUCCUCCACCGCACAAGAAUCUACCACGACGCCUCCCACCACCAGCACCGCACCGCAGCAGCAACUACCGACGUACGUGCCCGUCGACAGCCGCCUCUCCGACGCCGACGCCGCGCACAAGACCAUCCUCGUCGGCCUGCUGAUUGCGCUCGUCGCCGCCAGCGUCGCGCUCGGCGGGCUGGCCAUGUACUGCCUGCGGCGGCGCGCCCAGAGGAGGCUGCAGAGCGAGUACCAGGCGGAGCUGCGCGCGGUGCAGCAGCAGCAGCGCGAUGACAAAGACGACGAGGGGAGGGCCUCAGGCAGCACCAAGAACAAAACCAUGCUCCUGUUUCUUCAGCUGUCCUGCCUAGUGUGGAUGCUCCUCGUGGCCCAGGUUGCUCUCGCCGUCCACGGGCAAGCACCCGCCACCGCCCUCGCGGCCCGGCAGCAGCAGCAGCGGAACGCGGCCGGCUCGUCGUGCUCGGACGAGGGCCAGUGGAACUGCAUGACGACCAGCUGGCAGCGCUGCGCCGCCGGCCGCUGGAGCGUCGUCAUGCCCUGCGCCAAGGGCACGACGUGCGCGCCCGCCGGGCUCACGCGGGAUUUCCGCAUACAGCACGACGGCAGCGUGGAUAAGAAUGGCGGGCCGCCGACGACGAGCGCGGGGGUCCGCCGCUGGGCUUCGAGGGGGGGGGUAUUCGGGGCCGUGUUGGGAUGGAUGUGGUGGUUGGGGUAA